CGAAGUAAUCUCCAUUUAAUACCAAAUAAAUGUAAGUCACUUCCUAUGCCCGAUGCCCUGCUGUGGGUGUAGAAAGUGUCAUGGUCAAAGGAUUUAGCAAGCAGGUUGCUCAAUGUUACGAGGUCGUUGCAGUCAUGGAAGUGGCUAGGAUGCAAUAUGCUUACUCCAGUAGUACUGAAUCGGAUCAUUGCCCGGAUUACCAUUUAAUAAGCAGAGAAAUGGAAAUAAUAGUAAAACUUUAUCAUUUGUGGCCUACUUCGUUUAGGGAAAUGUCAAAACUUUUGACAGAUCUCCUAGACAAAUUCUUGACUUUGUUCGAAUAUUUAUAUCCCGAUUUCAGUGAAUAACAUUGCAAAAUGCUUGACGAAACUGUGAAAGACUACGUUGCGUAUAUGAAGUUAAAUGUGUCGAGUGAAUUAAAAACAGUUCAAGAUGUUAUAGACAAUAUGCUGACGAGACUUGAGGAGUUGUCCAGUGUGUUGCAAAUGAUAAAAUCAAAGAACAGUGAAUGUGCAUCAAGUGUCUCGGAAGAUAUCAACAAAUACCGCACUGAAGUCAUUACCCUCUCAAAGAAAAUAAACACUUUGAAUGAAGUGAUGGUAAAAGUGCACAACAAUGUAGAUACUCUAGAAAAACAUGUUGAAAAGGCUGAAUUAGAUUUUGGAGUCAACAAUGACAACCGAAUCAAGAGUUUCCUCAAGCCAUUCCUCAAGAGGUCGUCUACACCAACCCCUGACAUAGCAAUAGUGACCCCUCCAAUAAGUUUUAAAUUUCAGAGUGUCUUGGACAAUUUUGAUGAAUGUCAGUGAUAUUAGUGCCUAACUAUUGAGGUUAACUAUUGUAGGUGACCUUGUAAACAAAAAACAUAUUUUUUAUACAAAAAUGGCACUUAUAAUCUAUUUAGCACUGUAAGUUUAAGAGUUAAGUAUCACAUAGUUAUUAAAAGUAAAUACUGAAAA